AUGAUCGCCUUUUUGCAGCGGGCUGGGCGGACCAGGCCGCUGCAGGCCCAGGCGCGGCGCGCCCCACGGGCAAGUUACAGGGGCGCAUUGGUGGUGCGGGCCGUUGAGACGUAUGCCCGCGACUUCACCAAGGCGCCACGCCUCAUUCAGCACAAGAAUGAGGCCAAGGCCUUCUACGCCUUCCUGUCCCAAGUGUACGAUUACGUUGUGAACCCCGGCCACUGGACGACGGAAAUGCGGGAGGAUGCGCUGCAGCCAGCCCAGCUGGACAGCGCAGACCUGAAGGUGGUGGACGUCGGCGGCGGUACCGGCUUCUGCACGCAGGGCGUGGUCAAGGCGGGCAUCCCGCCAGCCAACAUCACGCUGAUUGACCAGUCGCCGCAGCAGCUGGCCAAGGCGCGGGCCAAGGCGGACCUCAAGGGAGCCACCAUCCUGGAGGGCGAUGCUGAGGACCUGCCCUUUGAGACCGACACCUUUGAUAGAUAUGUGUCAGCGGGCAGCAUAGAGUACUGGCCAGAGCCGCAGCGGGGGAUCUGCGAGGCUUACCGUGUGCUGCGCCCCGGUGGCGUGGCCUGCAUGAUUGGUCCGGUGCACCCCACCCACCCCAUCUCCCGCACCAUGGCCGACCUGUGGAUGCUGUUCCCCACCGAGGAGGAGUACCUGCAGUGGUUCAAGGCGGCCGGGUUUGCCGACGUGCAGCUGAAGCGCAUCGGGCCCAGCUGGUACCGCGGCGUGCGGCGCCACGGCCUCAUCAUGGGCUGCUCCGUGACGGCCACCAAGCCGGCGGCGGGGCCCUCCCCACUGGAGCUGGGGCCCAAGGCGGAGGUGUCUGAGCAGGCCAACACCAACCCGCUCUCCUUCCUGCUGCGCGUGGUGCUGGGCAGCGUGGGAGGGUUCUGGUACUUCCUUUUGCCGGUUUACAUGUGGCUGAAGAACCUGGUGUGGCCGCGCACCGGGCCCCUGGCAGACAAGUUCUGA